UGUAUGUAGUUAGUUGGGUCGAGUUGGUCGCGCCGUGUUCGUCAUCGCAGCGCAGCGGACCGUGGCGUCACAGUGUGUAUAGUAGCUAGCCUGGCCCAGCCCGCGCCGCCGCCGCGCGACCAUUCUCAUUCCCCGCCAGUCGCACGACGCACGAACUGUGUACCGCGCUCCACUCUAAAAUGUGUCCCGCGCCCACAGUGUGCUAAUCGCCAAGUGUCAGUGUUUGUGAUAAAUAUACCUACACAUUAAAAAAACUUUGUUUACCCCGACCCGUUGAAGAUCCCAGAGGAUGAUGGCUCCCGAGACAGUAGUGACCGUAGACCACAACAAACCCACGCCGCAGCAAGCUCCGCCGCAGCAACAGGGCAAACCGCUGGACUGGAUCAAAGUUAACACUGAAUAUUUCAAAACGCCACCUGGCCUGCUGAAAAUCAUCGAACUGAUCCUCGGUAUCCUUUGCAUGUCGCUGGCGUCCGCGUGGCUGUCGGCCUGGUUCGUGUUCGUGGCGGUGACCAGCUUCAUCACCACGGUCAUGUGGAGUAUCGUCUUCCUCCUCAGCGUCAGGGAGGCGCUCAGGAUCCCUAUUAACUGGGUGCUGUCGGAACUGAUUAGCACGUCCAUUGAGACGGUGUUCUACUUCAUCGCCUUCAUCGUGCUGUUCGCGGCCACGGCGGCGUACAAUACAAGUUUCUAUAGCUACGGAGCCAACGUAGCGGCUGCUGUAUUCGGUCUGUUCAACACGGUGGCGUACGCCGGCAGCUCGUACCUGCUGUUCCAAGAGCACCGGAGCUCCACCGGCGCGGGCGCCGCGUGAGCCUCACUUAUUGCCUCCAAGUAUACUAUACGAGCCGGCGACCACAAAGUGUUUCUAUUCGCAGUUACUCUAAACUGCGAGCUCACCUCUAUUUAUAAAUCUCAAAGUCGUAAUAUUAAGUGUUUUAUGAUUCAAGUAACCUUCUGGAUAUUAAUAAAAUUAAUUAAUAUCAUCGGCACAUCGGCACAGUGAUAGUACACUCGGCUAAAAUUAAUACGAACAAAGAAUAAGUAGUUGAAGCUUGUUAAAAUUGCUGGCUGGCGUGGAUUUGAGACUGCAUUGGUAAAGUUAAGUUUAGACUGUUUUAAUUGCCACCGAGUAGUAAAUAAUCGAUCAUAAAUGUACAGUUUUUGUGAAACACUAUCAGACAUUACAUUUAAUUGCCGAUUGUAUUUAUUUCAAGCCAGUUGUUUGACUAAUGUGCUAUAUACGUUACUCAAAAUAUCGUUUUUGAUGGAACUGCAUUUUUAGUAACACUUUCUAUAAUAAAUAAACUUUUAUGGCCAUAUGUUUGUAUAGUAAGGGUAUACCUACUGGUUUCGAAUAUUGUGUUCAAAGGUACACAGACACACAGCUGCAACUUCUGCAGCAUAUGGUAUGUUGUACCUAUCGAUUUAAAAAACCUAAAAGGAUGUGUAGGUAUAACGCAAAUGUCUUGCUUAUUUGAAAUAAUAACUUAUUUAGCACUAAUCAUUUGACAUUAUCUAUGGAUAGAAAUCAUUUUGUACUCGCAAAAACACCUGUAAGUUUCCUAGCAGCAGUUUCAAAGAGCUGCUAGGAAACUUGAGAGAGAUCGACUCUCCAUAGGAAUAAAAGCUAGUUCACAUUUGAAAAUAGUCCAUGGUACGGAAUAUUUUGAAUAAUCGGAGAAUUUAAGAAGAUUUCAAAAUUUAAUUUAAAGUAACUCCUGUCCUGUAAGUACUAGACUUAAGUACUUACCUACAGUUUUGUACUUUUAGGUAGGAUUUUUUAAAAUUUUAGUUUGCUAACAUUUUUAAAUGAGAACGAAUGUACAGUCAAACGUAAAAAUAUGGGUGUAGCCAACUUAUUAAAAAAUAUGUCCCAUAGUUCUUAAUUCGCAGACAUAAGAGCUAUGGUACAUAUUUUUGAGAUGAUUUGUGCACCCAUAUUUUUACACUUGACUGUACAUAACUGGAUAUGGAGAGUUUUUUUGGGUUUUAAGAUCUUUUGAUGCGAAUGUUGUAUUACCUAAUUACUAUUUUGUUAAUCACAAUUGAAAACUGAAUGGUUUUUAUAUUUUUUAACUUGAUUCUCUGUACCUAUGUUAAAAAUUAUUAUUUUAUGGGGUUGUUAUUGAUAUUGUUAGUCCUAGUCUUUAUUAAAAACAUAAAUAUUUACCUAUUUCAGCAAAUCUUUUAACAAAUAUUUCCUAUUGUAUUUUACCAAAUCACACAUUACAAUCAGUGGUACCUAAUAUAUACCUACUAGCUCGGUAUAGUUCAGCAACGACAAUACAACAAAAAGGACAUCUACUUAUCUUACAUGUCAUGGCAGAUAUUUUCCGUACUUACGAUAAUGUUUUGGACCUGAAAUGUCUGAAGUUGGAACGUUGUCGCCGAAUGUUUAAAGUUGUCAGUGUUGUCACAUUCUGGUUGCGACUGCAGCGUUGCAGCUGAGGAAAAUGGGUGAUGACACUGUCAAUUUACUUUAAAUUACUUACCUAUAACAAUCUAUCAGUCAUUUUAUUGUUUUAAAUUAAUACAGCACUUAAAGGGGGGGUCACACGAUUACAUUAGCUUUUAUUUUAACUGUUUGUUGUGAGUGUAAGCUUAUAAAUAUACAUAGCACAUGUUUAAAGUUUAAACUUUAGACUCUCGAAUAGGUGUACGUGAGAGGAAUAUAUUUAUAUCUUACUAAAUACCUACUUGCAAAUAAUAAUAACGUUCCUAUAACAUUUACAAUUCAGUUUUAACAAACCUCUUGAUUUUUUGUGACUUAACAUUGUUUCUUAAAUGUACCAAAACUUAACUUAUCUUGUUGCUAAAUAUAUAUGAGACAGUAACUAUUUCUUGUAAGUAUUUAGAGAAAAGUUUUCCAUUAUAGAAAAUAUCGACUGGUGUAAAACGGUGGUUGAAAUAAGGUUAAGUGACUAGAAUCUAGAUCUGUAGUUUUAUUAUUUGUAGGUACAAGUAAUCUACUUAUCACAGAUGUUAAUUUAGAAUUGAAUUUUCUAUAUUAAGACAAACAGCAAGCCGAAAGUGUUGUGAACGAGUUUACCUCUAACAUGUACCUACCCAAUUUAACAUAUCUUACAUUGUCCAAUGCGGUUAUUAAAAUAUGCUAGUAUCGCUUUAAGAUGGAAUGAACGUUGAAACAUUAUUAAUUUAAGACAGAAAUUUUAUACAAACUGGUUAUUAAUUUAAUUAAUGUCAAUAAAAUAUAAUAAAUAUUUAUCGUUUAUAGAAA